GCCUUUUCCAUGAUGAGCCUAAAGGCAACAUGACGUUUGAACGUAUUACGUCACUCCGCCGGCCAGUUCUUCUUCUGCGUGCGUGCACUGCUUCAGCCCAGACUCACAGACAUCAUGGCGUCCUUAUCAAUGGCCCCUGUGAACAUCUUCAAACAUGGAGCUGAUGAAGAAAAAGCAGAGACUGCACGCCUGUCCUCUUUUAUUGGGGCCAUUGCUAUCGGAGAUCUGGUGAAGAGCACUCUGGGACCGAAAGGAAUGGAUAAGAUCUUACUGGGCGGAGGGAAAGGCGCUGCAGUGACCGUUACCAAUGACGGGGCGACCAUCCUGAAGGCCAUCGGAGUUGACAACCCUGCUGCCAAAGUCCUGGUUGACAUGUCAAAGGUUCAGGACGAUGAAGUUGGAGAUGGGACGACCUCUGUUACCGUGUUGGCUGCAGAGCUGCUAAGGGAAGCAGAGCUUCUUAUCGCCAAGAAGAUUCACCCACAGACCAUAAUCUCUGGCUGGAGGAAGGCCACUCAGACUGCCAGAGAAGCUCUGAGAGAGGCUGCAGUGGACCACAGCAAUGACCCAGCUCGUUUCCAGGAGGACCUGCUCAACAUUUCCAGGACCACGCUGUCCUCCAAACUGCUGACUCACCACAAAGACCACUUCGCCCAGCUGGCCGUUAAGGCUGUCAUGAGGCUGAAAGGCUCUGGGAACCUGGAAGCCAUUCAUGUCAUUAAGAAGCUGGGAGGAAGUCUGACUGACUCCUACCUGGAUGAAGGUUUCCUCUUGGACAAGAAGAUCGGUGUGAACCAGCCCAAGAGGCUCGAGAACGUGAACAUCCUCAUUGCCAACACCGGCAUGGACACAGAUAAGAUCAAGAUCUUUGGCUCCAGGGUUCGCGUUGACUCGACAGCGAAGGUUGCAGAGAUCGAACUCGCAGAGAAAGAGAAGAUGAAGGAGAAAGUGGAUCGGAUUCUAAAGCACGGGAUCAACUGCUUCAUCAACAGGCAGCUGAUCUAUAACUACCCAGAGCAGUUGUUUGCUCAGGCCGGGGUCAUGGCCAUCGAACACGCCGACUUCGCUGGAGUCGAGCGUCUCGCUCUUGUCACUGGCGGAGAGAUCACCUCCACCUUCGACCACCCGGAGCUGGUGAAGCUUGGUCACUGCAAACUGAUUGAAGAGGUCAUGAUCGGAGAGGACUUGCUGAUCCACUUCUCAGGAGUCAAGAUGGGUGAGGCCUGCACCAUUGUGCUGCGGGGAGCGACUCAGCAGAUCCUGGAUGAGGCGGAGCGUUCACUGCACGACGCUCUGUGUGUGUUGGCUCAGACCGUGAAGGAGCCGCGCACGGUCUACGGAGGAGGCUGCUCUGAGAUGCUGAUGGCCAAGGUGGUGACUGAUCUGGCCAGCAGGACGCCAGGGAAGGAGGCGGUCGCCAUGGAGUCGUUCGCCAAGGCUCUGAGGAUGCUGCCGACCAUCAUUGCUGACAACGCUGGCUACGACAGCGCCGACCUGGUGGCUCAACUGAGAGCUGCCCACCAGGAGAACAAGACCACAUUUGGACUGAACAUGUAUGAGGGCACGGUGGGCAACAUGGCAGAGCUGGGCAUCACAGAGUCCUUCCAGGUCAAACGGCAGGUGCUGCUCAGUGCGUCUGAGGCCGCAGAGAUGAUCCUGAGAGUCGACAACAUCAUCAAAGCCGCUCCCAGGAAGCGAGUUCCUGACCAUCAUCCCUGCUAGAGACAGACGAGGAUGAAGACGAGCUGAGGAGGGAUCCAUUUGGUUAUUUAUCACCUUUGUGUCAUCCAGGUUAAAGGAAUACGCCGCUGUUAUUUUUUUGUUUGACUCACUGUGGACGCACUGCACAGGCAGGAUGCUAAAGCUAGCUUAUUAGCUUCAGCGGCUCUGCCAACGGUAGCAGCGUCUGACGCUACUCUUGGCACUGCUGAGUUACGCUAGCAUUAGCGCCAGUUGGCGGCGAUUUCACUUAGAAGUUUGGACCUUGUUUGUUUUGUUUACUGAAAUAAAUGAACCAGUCGUCGUCAG